GCGUGGUUGGCGAUCGCACUGCUGGAAUUGUGCUCGUGUUUCUGUAAAAAAAAUUUCAAUUGCGAUGACGUGACGCCGUUUUCAGAGCCCUUUGGCAGCACUUCAAACCCGGCUCCACGCGAAGUUCUGCCAAACAGGGUGGAGGCAGCCGGUUCCACGGAAUAAGCCCUUGAAAAAUAUGCUCUCUAAAGUCUAAUGAUGGAGGAGGAGCCAGCUCCUCCGUCUCUCCUAUCGUCUUUACCCCUGAGCUCGUCUACUCGUGAGGGUGGAUGGGGCUCAGCCGCGGGAGCACCACCGGGGCGGAGGCCGCCGGCGGCGCAGAGGGAGGGCGCGGAGAGGAAGGCAGGCCCGUAGCGCGCAGCGAGCAGCGGGAGGGAGGCCGGCGCGAGGAGCGCGCGGCCGGCCGCCGGUGGCCGGAGCAUGAGGAGCUGGUGGCGUGUGCAGCGAGGGAGAAGGUCGGUCUCACUCAGCCCUCGUGCUCGCUUCGAAUCCACACACGAUACACGCAGUACACGAACCCGUACAGCCGGACAAUAGACACAGAAACCGUCUGGAGAAAAAAGAGAGGGAGAGAGGAGCUUCACGUGCAUCAGGCAGUCAGCAGAUUUGAUGGAAGCACACCACACAGCAGCGUGGAACAGACAUCAGAAUUUAAGCCCAACAAGGAAGGUAGUAGAUGGCAGUCGUCCUUGGACAGAACUUCGAUACCAAGCAAAGGUGAUACGAUCAUUCAUCGCGUCAAUGAUUUCCCAAUAAGCUUUUCAAAAAAAAAUUAUUUGCCAAUAAUGUUGAGCAGCAAACAUUCAUUUUCUGGAGGACGCAUCACAAUCAAUGUGGUUAAUUGAGCACUAAUUUUUUUCUGACUGCGCAUCUAGAGCACCUUCCUUGUAAGAGUCAAUUCGCAACUCUGGUUGAUUUCCCAGAUAGACAUAAGUGUUUACAAUACACACC